CGUGUUCAUCGCUUUCCCCCCAUGGUCGACUUGCAUAUCCUGUGCUCCCCCACAUAGACUUUUCUUCCUGCUCUUGGCUGCGCUGGCAUUCUUCUUAUCUUCUUGCUGCUGUUGGACGCCUCUCAUCUCCCACCCCUCUUUCCGCCCGCUACCCAACGUCAUAGUGAAUCUGUGACUCCGUCAAUUGCGCGAUCCUGCGAUUUGGUCUCCGUCGUCAUGGCGGGAUGGUUCUCUUCGGCGUCGCCGCUCGAUGAGCAGGUCGAGCGGGCGACUGCAUCGUCUCUGGAAGACAUCGCCCUGAAUCUCGAAGUCUCCGACCUGAUUCGAUCGAAGAGUGUUCAGCCGAAGGAGGCGAUGAGGUCGUUAAAACGCCGACUAGAAAAUAAGAACCCUAAUAUACAACUGGCAACGCUCAAGUUAACGGAUACGUGUGUGAAGAAUGGCGGUACUCACUUCCUCGCCGAAAUUGCCUCUCGCGAAUUUAUGGAUAACCUGGUCUCCUUGUUGAAGACGGAGGGUGCCCCGCUCAACGCCGAAGUGAAAGAGAAAAUGCUAGAGCUGAUUCAGGACUGGGCGAUGGCGGCUCAGGGUCGCAUGGAUCUAAGUUAUGUUGGCAUUACAUACCAGAAGCUCCAGGAAGAAGGAUUCCGGUUCCCGCCUAAGACGAAGAUGAGUGGUAGUAUGUUGGAGAGUAGUGCGCCGCCCGAAUGGAUAGACUCCGACGUCUGCAUGCGAUGUCGUACGCCGUUUAGUUUUAUGAACCGGAAGCACCACUGCCGAAACUGUGGUAACGUCUUCGACGCUCAGUGUUCUAGCAAGACGCUUCCUCUUCCCCACCUGGGAAUAUUGCAGCCUGUUCGAGUCGACGAUGGAUGCUACGCUAAAUUGACCGCGAAACCUUUCCCCCCGGCGGCAUUGUCGGAUCGGUCGGCGUUCAAGAACAACUCUAUCACGAAAUCCAAUGCAAUGGAGCCUCGGACGGCACGAGCGGAAAGUGGUUUUGAUGAUGAUCUACGGCGGGCUUUACAAAUGAGCUUGGAGGAGGCACAGAAUAAAGGAUCAGGUGGCUACGUUCCGCAAUCUCAAAUGGUGGCCCCAGAGCCACCCAAGGCAUCCGGGCCUUCGAAGGCCGAGGAGGAGGAGGACGCGGAUUUGAAGGCGGCUAUUGAGGCCUCCUUGCGCGAUAUGGAACAGCACAAGCAGAAACAUGCGGCCACUCUGAAAAAUACGAGAGCCCCGGAAACCCCAUCUCAAGGCGCCGCGGUCGCCACCGAUCUACCUAAAAAUCCAUAUGAACUUAGUCCUGUUGAGGUCGAAAACAUCCACCUCUUCGCAGCACUCGUUGACCGACUGCAACAUCAACCACCCGGGACGAUCUUGCGCGAGCCCCAAAUCCAGGAACUUUACGAGAGCAUUGGUGCACUCCGGCCGAAACUGGCGCGGAGCUAUGGUGAGACUAUGAGCAAACAUGACACGCUUCUUGAUUUACAUGCUAAACUAUCUACUGUGGUGCGGUAUUAUGAUCGCAUGUUGGAGGAACGUCUGUCGAGUGCUUAUUCGCAACACUCUCUCGGAUUUGGGACCGUCCCUGGUGCUGCUGCGCAAUAUCCUAACAUGUAUCCCUCAAUGCCUUCGCAGCCGGUCGAAGGUAAAGCGGGGGCUGAGAACUUCUAUUAUGGGAAUCCCGUCGCCGAGAAGCCGCGACCUACGGAUUCCCCGUAUGCUCCUCAGUAUCCAUCAGAAAGGGCGAACCAUGAAGGGGCCGGACCGCGGAGCGGUGCCAUGAGCCCUGGCAUGUACCCGCCGCCAUCUCAACCUCUGACCCACAGCCAACCGUGGAGUGGCAAUGCUCCCGUUGCGUCCCCUCCGCCCCCGAGCUCCAACCCCCCAUUCCCUGGCAAUCCUGCAGCCUAUCCUGGGCCAGGCGCCCCGGCGCAAUUCUAUGCGCCUCCUGCUCAGCGAGAGCCAGCUUCACAUCCAUACCAAGCCCCCCGUCAAGGCGACGCGGAUGCCUCCUACCAGCCGUCUCCCAUCACACGAACCAAUUCUCUCUAUCAGCAAGCAGGACCCCCCGCUGCUCCCGCUGGUCCUGUCCCAAGCGCACCGGAACAACCUCCUUCAAUGGAUCAGGUGCCGUCUGCCGCAUAUAUGCAGCUGGCCGAAUCGCAAGUCGGGCAGCCUAAUGGCCAUCAUGGGAUACAACAUGCGCCGCCGGAGCCGCAGAGCCAGUCAUAUUAUUAUCCUCAGCAACAACAGCCUGGUCCGCCACCUUCAAUGUACCCGCAGAGUAACCCAGCACCCCAAGCUGCUUACCCAGUUGGGGAUGUUUCCCCCAUUACUGGACACCCUUCCCCCGUGCAAUACCAUCAGCCGCCACAGCCUCGGCCAGCAGUCGAGGAGAGUCUGAUUGAGCUUUAGGCAUGGAGGGAACUUGGCUAUCUGUUGGCGGUUAAUGUUAUUCUUCGGUUUUCUGUCUUUCUCUUUUCCUCCGUGGCAAUUAUGAUACCAGAUGCUUGGAUUGUUUGCAGACUAUGAAAUUGUACUUACAUUCCUUGACGAUUUCAAUCAAAGCUUG